ACUGCGAUGAGAAGUCAAACACGUGAAUUCCAAGAUGGCUGACAAAGACGAUCAGGAGGAGCCGAAUCCGGCAUCCGACAUCGUUGUCACCAAAUACAAAAUGGCUGGUGACAUGGUGAACGGAAUCAUUAAGGAGGUUGUAGCAAAAUGUGUUGAUGGGGUGUCAGCGCUUUCAGUAUGCGAGUUUGGAGAUGGUCGUCUGCUGGAAGAGACCAACAAAGUGUUCAAGAAAGACAAGGAAAUGAAGAAAGGUAUUGCCUUCCCAACCUGUGUAUCUGUCAACAAUUGUAUCUGCCAUUUUUCCCCACUCAAGACUGAUCCUGAGGUGUUGCUGAAGAAUGGGGAUGUUGUCAAAAUAGACCUUGGCGCACACAUCGACGGGUUCAUCGCUGUCGUUGCUCACACACUGGUGGUUGGAGCCUCACUUGAAAACAAGGUGGAUGGUCGACGAGCGGAUGUGAUCAUGGCAGCCCAUCAAGCAGCUGAGGCGUGUCUCCGACUUGUCAAACCUGGCAACGAUAAUAACAAAGUAACAGAAUCAAUAUCAAAAGUGGCCAAGGCCUUUGACUGCAAACCUGUAGAAGGUAUGCUGUCCCACCAGCUGAAACAGCAUGUGAUAGAUGGAGAGAAAGCCAUUAUCCAGAACCCAACAGAAGCACAAAGCAAAGAACAUGAAAAGUGUGAAUUUGAAAUGUAUGAUGUAUUUGCUGUGGAUGUCCUUGUCAGCUCUGGAGAAGGAAAGGGGAGAGAAUUAGACACCAGAACCACUGUAUAUAAGAAAAAAGAUAUGGUUUAUCAACUGAAGAUGAAAGCCUCACGACAAUUUUUAAGCGAAGUAGACAAAAGAUUUGGUCUCAUGCCUUUUACAUUAAGGUUGUCAGAGGAUGAGAAGAAAGCCAAGAUGGGAGUUGUGGAAUGUGUUAAGCAUGAACUAAUGCAGCCGUUUGCUGUACUUUAUGAGAGAGAUGGUGAAUUUGUUGCCCAGUUCAAAUACACAAUGGUACUGAUGCCCAAUGGUCCCCUCAAGUUGACGGGUAUGCCAUUUGACAGUGACCUAUACCAGACAGACAAAACCGUGGAGGAUGAAGAACUCAAGGCACUCCUUGCCCAGUCAGCAUCACGGAAGGCAGCUAAGAAGAAGAAGAAAAAGGCAGGAAAGUCUAUGGCCCAGAAUGCUGCCCCCGAGGAAGAUUAAGUUAUGUUAAAAUCAUGAAAAGACGUGAUUUGUAUGUGUUUACUA